AUGUUCAUCCACUUUCUUUCUUGGCCCUCCCAACAACACACGAACACACACAUAGAUACACCCUUCGGUAUCGUGGGUUCCGAUGACAACAACCAACACAUAUGUUACGAUUCAGUUUAUCAAUCGAUUCUCUGUUUUGUUGGUGAAGAGGAAGGUUCAAAGUAUGUUUUGCGUGAUGGGGUUAGAGAUGUAGUCAAAUCGGGAUGUGGCAAGGAGAAUAUUGAUCCAAAUUUUAUCAAAUCUGAACUAGCAGCGAUGGAUAAAAUUAUCGAUGGUGGUAAGAACGUUGAAAUUCAUAAUACUUUUCAAAUUUAUGGAAAUAAUAAGACAAUCAAUGAUUUGGUGGAAGAAAAGGGAUUCGUUUUGAUACAAGCUACUUCUGAUAUGGUUAAAGGGUUCAAUUCUUCCUAA